AUGGUCCACCCCAUCAUCUUCGCCUGGUGGACACCACCACCAGGCUUCGAAGUCAAGUUCGCCGACAAUUGUGUGUUAUUUGGAAACUUUGUACACAGCAUAAUCCGGACCUCUCCGACUUUAGACUAUUGCGCCAUCGAUAUCAACGCCCUGUACAGUCUGGUUAAUUUCUCCCUCCCAAGCAACCUUACCGAAGUGCCUGAAAUUCCGCAGGUAGCGUCGUGGUACUUGACUGGUUGUGGCCCAGACGCCAAUUAUGAAAACUGCUUCGACGACACAUGCUUGGGUGCCGUAAACCUCAAAGAGGCAGUCAGGUCAGAGAUCAACAACUCCGCCAACAUGACUUGCAUCGGCGAGUUGCGCUCGUCCCUUGGAAUUCAAGGCAACGCUGAUAUUGCAGGCAUCGGGGUCAUGGUCACUUUUUGCAUCGAGGCAUGGCUCGUUGCUGGGUUUCUCGCCGCAAAGAUUGCGAAGUAUGCCAGAGGAGACAAGUCGAAGCUCCCGGAUUGGCUGGACACUGUUUAUCGGAAUCUCGCAGAUGCUUUCGAAGUUAUUUUACCAGCCUUCUAUUGGAGUUCCGUCCUCCUGAGUUUAGGCAUAGUCGCUGCCUCCGUCCUCACCGCUGCAGCAGCAUCCGGCAAUGGACAAGACAAACAACUAGAACAGUGGAGGGCUGGUGAAGAUUACACCGUCUACGACUCGCAACUCUCGGCUUUGGCGUCUUUGUUCAGCAUCCAGGCUACAUUUAUGGCUAGCUUGAUGCUCCAGGAACAUGGGAGACGACUGCAUCUGUUGAACCUGGCUAUUAUUCCUGUCCUGGCAAUUUUGGGGGUGCUUCUUUUGGCCUUGCUCGGAUUGACAGUAUGGUACGUUGCAAAUCUGCCCAGGGAUGUCAAUCGACUGCUCCAGGGCACGUUGCGAAGUAAUCAAACAGUGAGAGUCUUCCUUCUUGUGUCUAUUAGUGUUACCGUCUUCAUGAUGGCUAUGUGCGGAAUCACUGCCGCCUUAGCUGCGUACAUGAGCAGAGCAAAGAAAGACCAGACAAAACAGUCGUCGCCUCAAAGUAUGGAAGAGGGGAGACGACCGUCAGUUGAGACAAUUGAGGAAGGGCAGCCGCUGAAGACUAGGGAUACCGAAGAGGGGGGAUUAUCUUCAGCUGAGAAAGGUUCUCAGAGCCCAAAUGAACUGCAGGAGUUGUCUUCGAAUCCAAAGGCUAAACAGGAGAAAGAGUCGCCAACUCCAGAAGAUGGAGGAGGGAAAUCCUCCUCGACUCGGGAAUCUAGUCAGGGACAGGCUCAGCAGGAUAAUUUAACCUCAAAUCCAGCAACUGAACAAGCAAAAGGGUUCUCGGCUCGACAGAGGGAACUAUUGGAUAGCCUCCUCACCGCAGAAUUCCGGAUAGUGUUGGCUCUUAUGAUGGGGAUGAUGCUGGCAACGCUUGGCAUGUUCUUUGAGUUUCGCAGGCAGACCAUCAACAGUGGUGCCGCGGGCGACCCGCAGCUCGAAUGGAGCUUUGGCCAAAUUGUGGUUUUGACGACUUGGGUUCCUGUGAUCCUUCACUUCUGGUGUACACUUGCCGUUGGCAUAAUUCCAGCCCUUGAAGGGUACAUGCCCGCUGGUUAUGCUGCGACUGCCAAAUCUAAUACUGCGGAAGCGGCAGAACCGAGCGACGAUGGGAGACGGGGACAAGACGUCUCGUAA